UGCUGCCCGGUUGGCUGGAGAAGCGAUCUGCGGGAGUGACAAGUGUCAUACUCGUCGGAAGGAUUUCCCCAUUCAUGGUUCUCUUGAGGAAACGAUAUCAUUAGAAAUAAGGAUCCUGUGGAGUUGCAUCCAGGGGACUCCCCCCCCUCCCCAGCCCUCAUGCACACCCCAGCGGCUGGUGAGUGAUCGAGACCUCGAAGCGGAACGGCCACAGCGGUCAUGAACAUGGCAGUCGUGAACAUGUCCGGUGAGAACUGGUUCCAGCAGAUGGAGCAUUCUGGGAACUCCACCAAUGGCUACUACUACGACCAGCAGAACUACACCCUGCACCCGUCGCUGCAGCCGGGCCCGCCGAUCGGCUCCAAGCCAAUGGCCUGCGAGCAGGUGCACAUCGCCACAGAGAUAUUCCUCAUCCUGGGGAUCAUCUCCCUGCUCGAGAACAUCCUGGUCAUCACAGCUAUCGUGAAGAACAAGAACCUCCACUCGCCCAUGUACUUCUUCGUCUGCAGUCUGGCGGUGGCCGACAUGCUGGUGAGCGUGUCGAACGCGUGGGAAACCAUUGUGAUCUACCUGCUGAACAAUCGGCAGCUUGUGGUGGAGGACAGCUUCAUCCGCCAGAUGGACAACGUGUUUGACUCCCUGAUCUGCAUCUCUGUGGUGGCGUCUAUGUGUAGCCUGCUGGCCAUCGCUGUGGACCGGUAUGUGACCAUCUUCUACGCGCUCCGGUACCACAACAUCGUCACGGUGAGGCGUGCCGGCUUCAUCAUCGCCGGCAUCUGGACCUUCUGCACGGGCUGCGGCAUUGUCUUCAUCAUCUACUCGGACACCACCCCCGUCAUCAUCUGCCUGGUGUCCAUGUUCUUCGUCAUGCUGCUGCUCAUGGCAUCGCUCUACAGCCACAUGUUCAUGCUGGCGCGCUCUCACGUCAAACGCAUCGCCGCCCUACCGGGCUACAACUCCAUCCACCAACGGGCCAGCAUGAAGGGGGCCAUCACGCUCACCAUCCUUCUGGGCAUCUUCAUCGUGUGCUGGGCCCCGUUCUUCCUGCACCUCAUCCUCAUGAUCUCCUGCCCCCGCAACCUAUACUGCGUGUGCUUCAUGUCCCACUUCAACAUGUAUCUUAUCCUCAUCAUGUGCAACUCCGUGAUCGACCCGCUCAUCUAUGCCUUCCGCAGCCAGGAGAUGAGAAAGACCUUCAAGGAGAUCAUCUGCUGUUACAGCCUCCGCAACGCCUGCGCCAACAUCUGGGCACUCACGGGCAAAUACUGAGCGAGCCACAACUUGUGUGUGUGUGUGUGUGGUAGGGGGAGGGGGGGGGCGGGCGGUAUUGAGGCAGGUGGCUUGGAUGAAAUGACAUGCAGAUGGAACGCAACUGUGAAGUGAAGCACUGGGAUGGGGGAAAAAAAGAGGCUUGGAUUCGUAGGUCCGAGAUACAGCUUUCAGUGGACACAAGGUUGGGCUGGAGCGGAGGGUGUUCUGCCUCUACGCAAGAAGAAAAGUCUAGGCAUGUAGUAUUGCAGUAUUGUAUUUAUAAGUAUACUAUAUUUUGUGACUGUACUCGUUUGUGUUCUCAACCGUGGAACAAUGUGCUAUAGUGAGAUGCUGGCGGUAUUCACUCAGACAACUAAAGACUUUUCAUUAUAUGCAACUUGAGGAUGUUCUUUGUGGAACCGAACGUUAUGCCGUAAGCACCAGGUCAGCUUUGUCUCGCCUGUCCGACUACUUUUUUAAGAUAGUAGUCUGUUGAAUCACUAACC